AUGGAAAAUACUACUACUACUACCACUACUAACAAUAAUAAUAAUAAUAGUAAUAAUCGAACAAUUGGUAAUGUAAAUUCGUCUUCCACAACAACAACAAAUUCAGCUACAACAUCAUCGAAUUCAACAUCAACUAUUCGACAAAGUCAUAAACGUACUUUUUCCGAAUCAGAUUCAUCAUCACGUACUGAACGACAUUUAUGUUCUUUUUCUCAUUUAUGGAUUAUUAAUUAUCUAUCAUCAUAUAUUGAUGAUUCAAAUUCAACGUGUCUUCAAUCAGAAACAUUUUCACCUGUUAAUACUCCUUAUUCAAAUACUCGAUGGAGUCUAAAAUUAUAUCCACGUGGUUUAAAUGAAAAACAACAUACAAAUAAUAAUAUUGCAAUAUUUCUCAAAUAUGUCAGUGGUACAAUGCCAACAAUUAAAGCCAAAGCUGAAUUUAGUGUUGUUAGUCGAAAUAAUGAACUUGUUAUGUUACGUUCAACAAAUUUUCAUACAUUUUCUUCAGGAAAUGAUUGGGGUUAUUCAGAAUUUCUUGAUGGAAAUUAUUUAAAUUCUCGUCGUAAUGAUCUUUUAACCGAUGAUCGUCUUCGUGUUUAUGUUCGUGUAAUAUUAGUUGAUGAAAAAGAAAGUACAACUGGUGAUUUAUUUCAUCCCUCUCAUAAUCAUAAUCAUCAUCAUCACCAUCACCAUCAUCCACCACCCAUUUUACCUCCUCCGCCACCUCAACAAACAAAUUCUGUUAUAAAAAAUCAAGCAUCAACUUCAUCAUCAUCUGCAUCAUCAUCAUCUACACCAUCUGUAAUAAAUUCGAAUCCAUCAACUACACCAUCACCACCAACAACUGUUGUAUCUGGUUUAUUCAUCGAUGAUAAAGAACGUUUUAAAUCAUUAGAACUUUUAUCCAAUCAAAUUAAAAUACUUCUCGAUGACGAACGUUUUACUGAUGUAAAUAUUCAUGUUAUAUCAAAACAACAACGACAUCAACAACAACUGCAAGAAAAUAAAAAUGAUGAUAAUCGAAAAUCUCCGCGAGUUCGACGAACUUCUACCAAACAACAUCCAUCAUGUUCUUCAUGUCAUUGUAGAUCCCAGAAAUUAAAACUAAAUUUAAAAAAUAAUGAACAAAUAUUUGAUCAACAUGAACAAUCAUCAUCAGUUAUUUCCAAAGAUUGCGAGUCAAAUAAUAAUAAUUCAAUCGAGUCUCGGUCAUGUCAACUUUCGUUAACACGUCGAGCAACUCGUUCAACAACAUCUUUGCUUUCACGUAUUGCUCAAAGUUCAUCUGAAAUUAAUCAUUCUUCUUCUUCUUCCGAUUGCUCUACAUCAUCUUCCGAUACUUGUUCAUCGUCUUCCAUAUUAUCAUCAACAAGUAUCAAACGUUGUAUAUGUCAUGAUCAAGAAAUAAAUUCAGAUAUUCAACAAUCUUCUAUAAAAUAUUCUAAUAUAACACCAUUAGCUACAUUUCAUGCACAUAAAGCUAUAUUAAUAUCUCGUUCAUCAUCAUUUGCUAAUCAAAUGCGUUCGAAUAAUUCCAAUAAUUUCAGUCAUAAUUUAAAAUUACCUCCAAUGGAUUUAUAUAUUGAUGAUCUUGACCCAUCAACUGUUCGUGCUAUGUUAAUUUAUAUCUAUACAGGUCAUUUACCAACAACAAAUGAUGAAAUAUAUAAUAAUUUAAAUGCAAUUGAUUUAUUUCGUGCUGCUGUUAAAUAUGAUUUAAAUGAACUACGUGAUUUAACAAAAACAACAAUGUUAGAUGUAUUAAAAAUUGAUAAUGCUAUUGAAAUGCUUGAAGUUAGUGAUCAAGCAAAUGAUGCAUUACUUAAACAACAGAUAUUAGCAUUUAUACGUUCGAAUGCUUUAGCUAUAUCGAAAACAACAAAUUGGUUAAAUUUUACAAAACAUAAUCCACAUUUAAUAAUUGAUGCAUUUCGUUCACUUGUUACACCAACAAUAACAAAACAUAAUAAUUUAAAUCAUCAUCAUCAUUCAACGUCAUUAACAACGACAAGUAAAUAUCCGAAAUAUGAUUGA